AUGAUCGGCAUUUGUCAGACCAUCACGGUCUUCGAGCGUGCAGAUGAAGUUGGUGGUGUUUGGCGCGAGAACUACAGUGGCUUCGGGGCUCAGGUGAAGAGGGACCAGUACUCCUUUGUCGAGUUGUGCAGGCACAGCGGCCUGGACACGUACCCUACAGGUCGACAGCUGAAGGCCCACUGCGACACCUAUGUGGAAACGUUUGGAUUAAUGCCUGCAAUACGCACGCGAACUGAAGUAAAGUUUCUGCAGCGCUGUCCGCACUGUUGGCGCGUCGUGUAUUCUGAAACAGGGAGCUCUGAGACGUACACAGAAGAAUUUGACUUUGUGGUCCUGGCUGUUGGAAACUUUUCGGAGAAGUAUGUUCCCGAGAUACCUGGCAGCGAUGCUUUUGCUGGCAGCAUUCUUCACAGCUCCGAGCUUCAAGACGAAAAGCUGUUGCGAGGGCGUCACGUGAUCGUGGUUGGCUUUGGCAAGUCUGCUAUUGACUGCUUCGCCCUGGCAUCUACAGAAGCAGAAUCAGUAACCCUGAUUGCACGUCGCCCGGCGUGGAUACUGCCACAGCGCUUUCUUGGCCUGCCGUUGGAAUGGCUCGCGUCGACACGCUGGUUUGCCAAGCUGGUGUUUCCGCCGUACCACAACGCCUGCCUGCUGAUGCGGCUACUCGGAUACAUAGUGCUGCCCCUGCAGACCGCGCUGUGGUGGGUGCUGGCGCCGCUGGUUUGGUGUCACUUCCUCCUGCCUUGGUCGAUGUGGCCAGCAUAUGGACUUCGGUGGCAGUUGUGGCAUGGACAUUCCGUUUCCAUUUGCAAUGCUUCGAAGAUCAAGGCAGUCUUCCGCAGUGUCAAGACACACUGCAUCCGUGGACACAUCUCUGAGAUGAAGAGCGGCAGCGUGCUCGUACAAGACUCUAUUCAGAAGCAGGAGAAGGAGAUCUCUGCAGACGUGGUCGUUUUUGCUACAGGCUACCGGGAGGCGUGGUCCAAACUCUUUGACGUGAAGGCGGCAGCGCUUCUCGAUCCUCGAAAAGACGGCCCGGACUUGUACAAGCUCAUCCUGCCAACUGGCGAUAUAACCAAUCUGGCAUUCCUGGGGCGUGUCCUUUCCACCUGUGACAUCGUUACCAGCUUCGUGCAAGCCGAAUGGUUGGCAGGCUUGCUGGCUGGGAAGUUUGAGUAUCCAAGCCUGCAGGUAAGAGAGCGUUUCUCUGCGAAGUAUCGGGCCUGGCGCCUCAGAUUUGCCCCGACGGCGACGUCCACAUUUCUGGCAACACCGUCUGUCCACUCGUAUUUUGACGAGUUGCUAUCGGACCUCCACUCCAAAACAUUGGUCGAUCGGCAUCCGCCGGCAUGGAAGUUCAGGCUGCUCCAUCAGUUCCUUCCACUCAGAGCUUCCAAUUUUGCGAAGCUGCGACAGCAGCGUGGAGCCAAGAAACCCUCUCUGGUUGCCCUGCGGAGCGAGUCUGGCACAUCCGACGUCAGUCAGGUCUAG